AUGGUAGCAGUUGCACCUAUUGCUUAUGCUCUUGUGGAAGGGACACUGUUUCCAACUAUGGAAAAACGACACGCGUCAAUUUUAGCUUCUGGUCAGUUCCUAUGUCGUGUGGUAAAUUUCGCCUUCUGUUCUUACAUCUCGCAAGUUAUUGAAUAUGUGAUUAGAACUGCUCUCGAUCAGUUUGCAGCUGUGAAAAAUGUCAAGUUUAUCCCCAAUUACCUAGGACCAAGCAAUUUGUCGCAAUGUGCAUUGGUGGAAUUGGAUUCUGCCAAGAAGGUCAAGGAAGUGAGAGCAGUGAUUGUGCAGUAUCCUUUCAUGAUGUAUGGGAUGCCACGACCCGUAAGAGCUCAUCCUGCUGUAGCGGAAAUGUUUGAUGAUCGGCCAGUAAAGCCUAAGAGAAAGAUGAAGUGUUGUUGGUUGGAGAAAAAUGACCCUGAUUUUGAGGUGGCAAGGAAGCUGGAGAAUCUGACACGUAAAGAUGCUGCAGAAAUACCAUUCAUGCACAAAGUGCAUCUAAAAGAAGAAGAGAAGCUUGCAGCUCAGCAGGCAGAAACACUUAAAGUGCAUUACAAAAAGUUUAAGUUGAUAGAGGGCAUUAUGACUGACAGAACCACCCUUACUUUGGCGCAAAAGUAUAAUCUGGCAGUUGCAGAUGAGUGA